UGCCGCGGCCGUGCGGGCUCCUUCGCUCUGCACGGUGCCCUCAGCAAGGGAGCGGGACGGCGGCGCUGCCCCUCUUCGCGGCCGCCAUGGCGUGAGGGGCCGGGGGAAGAGGAGGAGGAGGAGGACGGGGAGAGCACCGUUACCGCAGGAGCCGCCGACCCUUUUGCUACUGAGUUAAGCCUCCCAAACAUGCGUGUGUGAAAGGAUAUUUCAAAGAUGGUUUGGCUGCCAUUGAGACUUGGAGAUCUGAUGCCACAAUGAGGACUCACACACGGGGAGCCCCAAGUGUGUUUUUCAUACAUGCAGUUUGCUUCGCCUUUGCCUACAGCGCCAGGGAGGAUCCAGACGCAAUGGUUCCUUUUGUCAAUGCCAACUAUGACAGCUACCCCAUGCUCUACUUCUCCAAAGGGGACAUGGAGACUCUGCGUCUCCAGGCCACCACCACACACAGGCACAUUGCGGCUCGUCUGAUUGAAGCAGUACAAACGAUGCUGUCAAAUCCCCUGGAGUACCUUCCUCCCUGGGACCCAAAGGAGUUCAGUGCUCGAUGGAAUGAGAUUUAUGGCAACAACCUUGGGGCCCUGGCAAUGUUCUGCAUACUCUACCCUGAAAACAUCGAGGCCAUCAACAUGGCCAAGGAUUACAUGGAGAGGAUGGCGGCUCAGCCUAGUUGGCUAGUGAAGGAUGCCCCUUGGGAUGAAGUGCCUCUUGCUCACUCCUUAGUUGGUUUUGCCACUGCAUAUGACUUCUUAUACAGCUAUCUCAGCAAGACUCAACAGGAGAGAUUUCUUGAGGUAAUUGCCAAUGCCUCGGGAUAUAUGUACGAAACAUCAUACAGACGUGGAUGGGGCUUCCAGUACCUCCACAACCACCAGCCUACCAACUGUGUGGCCCUGCUGGCAGGAAGCCUUGUUCUGAUGAAUCAAGGCUACCUUCAGGAAGCUUACUUGUGGACCAAACAAGUGUUGGCCAUCAUGGAGAAGUCAGUAGUUCUGCUGCAGGAGGUCACAGAUGGCUCCCUUUAUGAAGGGGUAGCUUAUGGCAGCUACACAACUAGAUCGCUGUUUCAGUACAUGUUUCUUGUCCAAAGGCACUUUGAUAUCAAUCACUUCAGCCACCCCUGGCUCAAGCAGCACUUUGCAUUUAUGUACAGGACUGUCCUGCCAGGGUUUCAGAGAACUGUGGCCAUCGCAGAUUCCAACUAUAACUGGUUCUAUGGGCCAGAGAGCCAGCUGGUGUUCCUUGACAAAUUUGUCAUGCGUAAUGGCAGUGGGAACUGGUUGGCAGAGCAGAUCAGAAGGAACCGAGUGGUGGAGGGCCCAGGGACAGCAUCCAAAGGGCAGAGGUGGUGCACUCUCCACACUGAAUUUCUCUGGUAUGAUGCAAGUUUGCGCUCUAUACCUCCACUAGACUACGGGGUUCCUAAGCUGCAUUAUUUUGAGGACUGGGGAGUCGUAACCUAUGGAAGUGCUUUGCCAGCUGAAAUCAACAGGCCUUUCCUUUCCUUCAAGUCAGGAAAGCUGGGAGGACGUGCAAUAUAUGAUAUUGUUCAUAAGAACAAGUACAAAGAGUGGAUCAGGGGGUGGAGGAAUUUUAAUGCCGGCCAUGAACAUCCGGACCAGAACUCCUUUACAUUUGCUCCCAAUGGUGUACCUUUCAUAACAGAAGCCCUGUAUGGGCCAAAAUAUACUUUUUUUAACAAUGUGUUGAUGUUUUCUCCUGCCGUGUCCAAGAGCUGCUUCUCCCCAUGGGAAGGGCAGAUUACAGAAGACUGUUCCUCAAAGUGGCUUAAAUAUAAACAUGACUUGGCUGGUGACUGUCAGGGACGAGUGAUUGCUGCCAUGGAAAGAAGCGGAGUGGUGUUUAUCAGGGGAGAAGGAGUGGGUGCAUACAAUCCUAAACUGAAGCUGAGAAAAUUGCAAAGAAACCUCAUACUUCUCCAUCCCCAGCUUCUUUUGCUAGUGGAUCAAAUCCAUCUAGAAGAUGACAGUCCCCUGGAGGCAGCAACCAGUUUCUUCCACAAUGUGGAUGUGCCUUUUGAAGAAACAGUUGUUGACGAUGUCCAUGGGGCUUUUAUUAGGCAACGUGAUGGCAUAUAUAAGAUGUACUGGAUGGAUGACACUGGCCACAGCGAGAAAGCUACCAUUGCCUCAAGGAUGUAUCCUCGGGGCUACCCUUACAAUGGGACAAACUAUGUGAAUGUAACAACCCUCUUGCGGCAUCCCAUCACGAGGGCCAUUUACCUUUUCAUUGGGCCCUCUGUUGAUGUGCAGAGUUUCACCGUCCGUGGAGAUUCCCCACAGCUGGAUGUUUUCGUUACCACCAGUGAGCAUGCCUACACAGUGUACCUGUGGCCUGUUGAGGAUGGGUCCCGCUCUGCCUUUGCACAGGUUAUUGCAGACAGACAGAAAAUUUUAUUUGACCGAGCCUCUGCCAUUAGGAGCUCUGCAGUGCCAGAAGUGAAGGACUACAUAGGGAUUGUGGAGAGGAACCUGCAACAUUUUAAACCUGUUUUCCAGCAGCUUGAGAAGCAGAUUUUGUCUCGUGUACGUAACACAGCUAGCUUUAGGAAGACUGCUGAGCGCCUGCUGAGGUUUUCAGAUAAGAGACAGACAGAGGAGGCCAUUGACAGGAUAUUUGCAAUCUCACAGAGGCAGCAGCAGCAACAUGGCAGAGCAAAAAAAAACAGAAAGAUAGCCAAAGGCUACAAAUUUGUUGAUGCCGUUCCUGACAUUUUUGCACAAAUUGAGGUAAAUGAAAGAAAAGUGCGACAAAAGGCACAGACUCAAGCACAAAAAGAGUUGCCUAUAGAUGAAGAUGAGGAAAUGAAAGAUCUUCUGGAUUUUGCAGAUAUUACUUAUGUGAAGCACAAAACUGGGAUGUCAAUCAAAGGCCGAUCAGGGCUAGGACAGAUGGUGACAACUGCUCGAAUUAGUGCCCCAUCAAUAUCAGCUUCCUAUACCCGUCUCUUUCUAAUCCUCAACAUUGCAAUUUUUUUUGUCAUGUUAGCAAUGCAGCUCACAUAUUUUCAGAAGGCCAAGAGACUGCAUGGCCAAAGAUGUCUGUAUGCAAUACUUUUAGUAGACAGCUGUAUAUUAUUGUGGCUAUAUUCUUCCUGUUCUCAGUCACAAUGUUAGCAGAAGACCUAUACUAGUCGACCAGUUUAUGGUCAUAUAUGUCUAUGGAAAAGCAUUAACCCUAAUAGGGCCAAAGUUUAUCUUAUUUCUGAAACAUUCCAAAAACAGCUGGGGGAAGGUUGGUUUCAGACCAGAAGGGAUGGAAGAAUAGGACAAGCAAUGAAUAUCUCAGAAAACUAAGUACUUAAUAAGUACUCUUUUGUGUUUUUAGUCGGGAUUUGCUUCUGAGGGGAUGUUAUACUUUUUUCAUCAGAGUUCAGUAAUGUAAAGAUGUAAUUAAUUUUUUUAUGAGAAGAGCCCUCUUGCUAGAUUUGUUUCUAAAGGCUUUUUUAUACACAGUUCUGGGUUUGCAUUUAGUGAGUUUUCAUUUCAGGCUGCUAUGGAUGUCUCUGGACAUUCUCUUAAGAAAAAGAAAUUCAAACACAAGUGUAUGAGGCAGAUCUUAGCAGUAGACUUAAUUUCUCACUGCCAAACCAAAGAAUGUGUCAAUAUGGGACACUCCUGUAUAAUUAUUGCAGACUCUUACAUCAUGUCAUCUCUUCCAUGCUUUACUAUCUGGGACGGUGGGAAAAGGCAGUCAUGUCAGUACCUGUCAGGUGAAAGGCACAAGAGUAGUAGGCAGUAGCAGAAGGCAAAUAUAUGGCUAACUCGAAGUAUAAAGGAACAAAAUUCUCAGGAAAAAAAAAAAAACUUUUAUCUUUUGGUCAACUGUAGACUGUAGAAGGAUAAAUGCUGUAGGGUCUGUUCUCAAUUUUACAAAGCAGCAUUUCACAAAAGGUUUCUGUAGUUUGAAGAACAUCUUAGUAGGGAAAAAAAUGUCCUAGAUCACUUCCCUUCAAUAUGCAAUUGUAAACAUACAAACAAAAACCAAAGCAAUCCUGUGGUAACCUCAGCAAUUGCAGUAUGGAAAAAGAGGUAUUAAGAAAGUAUUUAAUGUCUUUUUGCUGUUCACAUGACUAAAGCCAGAGGACAGUUAAAAUUGUGUGAACAGCAUGCUCUCUAUAAAGCACCAGCAAGGGUUCUGCAAGCUCUUAGUGACCCCGGGUAAAUUAUUUGGGUAUCAGUGGUAAAUAGAAUCAUGUGGUUUAUAACAAAAGUUUGACAUCUCCACGUACAUCACCUUCUGUUCAUUAAACUGAUUUAAAAAAAAUCCAAAACGUAAGUAUUUGAGAGAAUGGAAGCUGUAUGGAAUUGGGGUAUAUCUGUAUGUCUUUACAGAAAAACAAUUCUUCCAGUACAUUUGCUAAAUAAAAACAUUAUAAUUGUC